UAAAUUUUGCAAACACAUGGAGGGGGCAUUGUUUUGAUCACGACGGGAAUCGAUGUGCGGAAGAAAAUUACAUUUUAGCAAUCAAAAUCAAGUCUGUGAUGAAAUUUCUGUAGAAAACGAAGCUGCUUAGCUUUUUAUUUUUAGAUGCCAGUUAUUAUUAAUUGAAUUCCAAAAUGAUUCUUCGGCAGCUUUGCAAAUUUAAGUCGCCGAGCCGGAGGGCAGGGCUUGUGUAUAUUAAAAGCUGCACUCGGCAGCAGUCAAGGCCCUCAUCGGAUCUGAGGAGUGCCGACGUUGAAAGAAUUCGCAAUUUUGGAAUUCUUGCUCAUAUUGAUGCCGGCAAAACUACUACAACAGAGAGAAUGCUAUUUUACUCAGGAACCAUCAAACAGAUGGGAGAAGUUCAUCAUGGAAAUACUGUCACAGAUUUCAUGGACCAAGAGCGAAAUCGAGGCAUCACAAUUACCUCGGCCGCAGUCACCUUUGAUUGGAAUGACUACAGGUUUAACCUGAUUGACACGCCUGGGCACAUCGAUUUUACAAUGGAAGUCGAACAGACCUUGCAAGUGUUGGACGGUGCUGUUGUUGUUCUUGAUGGUUCAGCAGGAGUCGAAGCUCAAACCUGCACCGUUUGGAAUCAAGCAGACAAACACAAGCUGCCAAGAAUUGUGUACAUCAACAAAAUGGACAGGGCGGAUGCAGAUUUUUCAAUGAGCGUCGAGUCUUUGGAGAGUAGAUUAGGUGCAAACCCUAUCGCUUUGCAAAUUCCAAUGAAGUCCAAUGGUGAGAAGGGAAUCUCGACUGUGAUAGACUUGGUGACGAUGCAGCUGCUAGAGUGGGACAGAAAAAAGAGCAAGAGCAUCAAUGUUAGUCAAAUUAAGGGAGAAUUGCUGGAAAUGGCUCUUGAAGAGAGAAUCAGACUGGUCGAGCUGGUUGCUGAUGUUGACGAGAUCCUCGCAGAAGAUGUCAUCCAGAGGGAGAGUCUGUCAAACGUUGUCCCUGCCGAGUUAAAAGCAGCUAUUCGGAGAGCAACCAUUAAAAAGCUUUGUGUGCCUGUCCUUUGCGGAAGUUCUUACCAUAAUGUCGGUGUCCAGCCUUUGAUGGACGCUAUUGGUCUCUACCUUCCUUCUCCCUUUGAGAGACCAAAAGAUUAUCUAGUCAAUUUAUUUAAAGACUCAUUUUGCGCCAGGGCCUUUAAAGUCAGACAUGAUUCCCACAAAGGUGCUGUGACGUUCAUGCGUGUAUUCAGUGGAAAUUUCCAAAAGGGACAAAAAUUAUUCAACGUUCGUCUACAAAAAGCAGAGCAAAGCGGCCAACUUCUCGUUGCCUAUGCAGACGAGUAUGAAGAAGUACAAGAUGUUGGAUGUGGAAAUAUUGCUGCUGUCACUGGGUUGAAGGACACAUUUGCUGGAGACCUAGUCACCGGGAACCUUUCCUCGGCAAAUAGUGCCAAGGCAAAGUUGGCUAAGUUGAAGAACAUUGACUCGAAUGAGGCCGAACACAUUUUGGCUUCAAGCGGAUCAUCAAUGGAGCCUGUUUUCUUUUGUUCAAUAGAACCACCCUCUCAAUCGGCCCAAAAAGCGUUGGAUAAGGCACUGUUGGAGUUGCAAAGGGAGGACAACAGCCUGAAAGUGAUAUUCAAUCAAGAAACAGGGCAGACAAUUUUAGGCGGUAUGGGCGAAUUGCACAUUGAAAUCAUCAAGGAGAGAAUUGUAUCCGAGUACAAAAUUGACGUUGAUCUGGGUCCCAUGCAGAUUGCUUACAAAGAAAUUCUCCAGGAUGCUAUCAAGGACUCGCACCAGUUUACUCAAAAAAUAGGCUCAUCUCAGAGUAAUGUUUCUCUGGUAAUGUCCCUGGAGCCCCAAGACGAGUACAUACAAUUUCCUCUGGAAAUGGAUAAAUCAGGAGAGGACGCGGCCAAAUUGAGUUCUCUGCCUCCUAGAAUUAUAAAUGCUCUUCGGAAAGGCACCGCAGCUGGCUUCCGGAGUGGGCCUCUCUUGAACUGUCCCGUCGUAGGAGUUAAACCUGUUUUGCAUUCGUUUAGUUCCACUUAUGGCACAACAGACACUGCAAUCAUCGCAGCCAUGACUCAGUGUGUUCAAAAAUUAUUAAAAACUGGAGGCACUCGGCUUCUAGAGCCAGUAAUGCAGAUGGAGCUAAUUGCUGACGCAGAAGUUUUGUCUGCAAUCAUUUCCGACUUGACCCGAAGAAGAGGAAAUGUUGUUUCUAUUGUCGAGAGGGGAAAGCAGAAGGUUUUAAUUGCUCAAACACCUCUGUCAGAACUUUUGGGAUAUUCGACAGAACUGCGGACGAUGACCUCAGGACGAGCAUCCUUUAGUAUGGAGAUUCAUGAGUUGAGACCAAUGUCACAAGUUGAGACAAACACAGCAAUCAAGCGAGUUACAGGUUUUGAUCCAUCAUUUUAGAUUAAAAAGUAAAAUAAGUUAAGUAGAAUUUCUGGGUU